CAGUUACGAGGUCUGGUUAACUGCGGCAUGGACUAUCAUCCGAGCGACGCCGAUGUCGAAGAGAUGGUGACUGCGACGCAGUAUGGCGAUUUUGAGUAUUGCAAAAAACAGGUGUCGAAGGGAUUUGACGUCAAUAAACGGGACAGAGAUGAUUGCACGUUGUUGCACUGGGCGGCAAUCAACAAUCGAGUGGAGUUAGUAAAGUACUACAUACAGCAGCACGCCGAGGUGAAUGCGAUUGGUGGAGAGCUGAAGUCAACGCCAUUGCAUUGGGCUGCGAGGCAAGGACACCUCAAGGUGGUGGUCAUACUGGUCACAAAUCAUGCAGACCUGAACCUGACCGACUCAGAAGGAUGUCUUGCGAUUCAUCUGGCAAUUCAGUACGAUCAUACAGCUUUAGUUGCUUACCUGAUCAGCAAGGGAUGUUCCGUAAACGUCUGUGACCGAAACGGCAUGGCGUUGUUGUCGUGGGCAACAUGCAGCGGAUCGAGCUCCGAGAUUUUCCAACUUUUGCUGGCAAUGGGUGCAGACGUUAACUUGAAGGACACAACGUUUGGCAACACGGCCCUUCACUGGGCGGUGCUGCACAACAACCACGUGGCAGCUGCUUUGCUAGUGAACAGCAAGGCAGAUGUGAGCAUAAGAAAUUAUCAGGUAUGCCAACGGCUAAUGAUUCGUUUUUUAUUUGAUUUGCCGCGUUGUUCUUAA